CAUUUCCUAGCCAUGCCUCCAACACUCAUCGCCUUCUCCUCUCAGCGGCUCAGUACGUGGCCCCGUCCACUUGCCGUCCAAUUGACCUCACUGCCCUCCAGCAUAUUCCUGCCGGACGUUGAUCCAGCUGGGCAGACGCCACCGCACCCCACUCCAGCCCACUGCGGCCAUCUCCCAAUUGCAGAGGCUCCACAGCUCCUGCAAACGCGCCAACAUGUCUGAUUUCGCAGCGUACACUGCAAAUGGUUCGAGGAAGGUGGCGCAUGAGGAGGGCAAUGGGAAUGCCUGGGGUGCCCACCAAAACCCCGCCGCCUUCGAUUUCCGAUCAGAUGUCACCACCACACCAACGGCUUCGAUGCUGGCAGCAAUCGAGAAAUGCACGCUUCUCGAUGAUGUCUUCAUGGAGGAUCCUACCACGUUGUCGCUUGAGACAUUCGUAGCCGACUUGACGGGCAAAGAAGCUGCCGUGCUCGUGCUGUCCGGGACCAUGGGCAACCAGGUCGCGCUCCGCACACACUUAACAGCGCCUCCACAGGCUGUGCUAUCCGAUCGAAGGAGCCACAUCCUCAACUAUGAGGCUGGCGGUGUGGCAAGUCUAAGCCAAGCACUCGUCCAACCCAUCGACGCCCGAAACGGCAAAUACAUGACGCUCGAAGAAAUCCAAGAGCACGCCGUCAUCUCAGACGAUGUCCACGCCUGCCCCACGCGCGUCAUCUCGCUCGAAAACACGCUGGAUGGAACCAUCAUGCCGCUUUCUGAAGUCCAGAGAAUCUCCAGCUGGGCGCGGGAACAUGGGAUAAUAAUGCACAUGGACGGCGCACGGUUGUGGGAGGCGGUAGCAGCGGGCGCCGGGUCCCUUCGCGAUUAUUGCGCGGCAAUGGACAGUCUAAGCCUGUGCUUCAGCAAAGGGUUGGGCGCCCCCAUCGGCAGCAUCGUCGUCGGCUCGGCACCCUUCAUCAAACGCUGCCGCUGGAUCCGGAAGUCAAUCGGUGGCGGCCUGCGUCAAGCUGGCGUCGUGGCUGCGCCUGCACGUGUUGCAGUCGAGGAAACAUUCCUCGGCGGCAAGCUCGCCAAAUCCCAUGCCAAUGCCAAAAGAAUCGAGCAGCUCUGGACCAAUCUAGGCGGCAAGAUGAAGUAUCCUGUUGAUACGAACAUGGUAUGGUUAGAUAUUGAAGCGCAUGGGAUUGAUCUAAAUUUUUGGAUUGAGCUGGGAGAGAAGUACGGAGUCAGGAUCAGAGGUGGGAGGUUGGUUGUGCACUACCAGAUUGAGGAAGAGGCGAUUGAGGGAUUGAGGCAAGUUUUCGGGGAAGCGCUGAAGGAGCAAGUUGGAAGGAAGAAGAGGGAAGUUGAAUUUGAGCCUGAGGAUUUGACGCUGAAAGGAAAGGGUAUUGAAUAGACUAGGAUAUAAUCUACUGAGACGUAUUAAGGCACUGCAUAUCGAUGGCGUAUAGAACGCACUCUCGUAUUCAACCAGCCCCAUAUAUCAUCUAAACG